AUGUGUGAUCCUGACAAUGCCAUUAAUUAUCCAAUGGAGUUUCUAAAUUCUUUUGAAAUAUCUGGUCUGCCACCUCAUAAAUUAAUUUUGAAAACGGGCAUUCCUGUCAUGCUUUUAAGAAAUCUACAACCACCUAUAUUGUGCAAUGGUACACGUUUAUGUAUAAAAACAUUAAAUACGAAUGUACUGGAAGCAACUGUAUUAACUGGAUAUGGGAAAGGCACAAAUGAUACCCAUUAG